GCAUUACAGAGUAAUAUACUCGCUCCAAUUGACAAUAAUUAUUUUUCUUUAGCAUUUCAUCCUUCGUGUCUUUUUUUUUUUUUUUUUUAAAAAGUAAAUAAGCAAUCACACCUUUGCAAAAUUGUGGUUAGUUAAUUUAAAAGAUGGUAUGUAACAAAAGUUUUGAACUUCGAAAAAAAUGCUAAAGUUUUGAAGAUGGGUAAUCUGAUUGGUUGCUUUGGAGGAGGAUCCGACCCACCCGUUUUACCUCCUGGAGCCGAAAUUUUGACACCUACUUCUUCAAGAACUUCUGGUAUAAACACAUCUAGUCAAGGUUUUUCGGAGAGUAGUUGUUCAGUAAUUAGUGGGUUGUCAUUUGGAGAUAAUGUUACUUGUGAAGAGUCAUUUCCUAGUGGAGAAUUGUUGGAUAAACCCAAUUUAAAAGUUUUCACUUUUGCUGAGCUGAAAUGUGCUACUAAGAAUUUUAGGCCUGAAAUACUUUUGGGUGAAGGAGGAUUUGGGAAGGUGUACAAGGGUUGGAUUGAUGAGAAGACUAAUGUUAGUAAUUCUAAAAAUGGGUUGAAGAUUCCUGUUGCUAUCAAGAAGUUGAAUUCUGGGAGUAUGCAGGGUUUUGAAGAAUGGCAGUCGGAGGUUAACUUCUUGGGAAGGCUUUCCCACCCUAAUCUUGUCAAGUUAUUGGGGUAUUGUUGGGAGGACAAAGAAUUGCUUCUUGUGUAUGAAUACUUGCCAAAAGGAAGCUUGGAAAACCAUCUAUUCCGAAGAGGUACCUCCACGGAACCAAUAAGCUGGAACAGGCGGAUGAGCAUAGCAUUGGGAGUUGCUCGUGGCCUAGCUUUCCUGCAUAAUUCGGACAAACAAGUGAUUUAUAGAGAUUUCAAGGCCUCAAAUAUACUUCUUGAUGUGAAUUAUGAUGCUAAGCUAUCAGAUUUCGGUUUAGCGAAAUUAGGGCCUUCUGGUGAAAAGUCACAUGUGACGACUAGAAUCAUGGGCACCCAAGGGUAUGCUGCCCCUGAGUAUAUUGCUACAGGUUACUUAUAUGUGAACAGCGAUGUGUAUGGAUUUGGAGUCGUGAUGCUCGAGAUACUAACCGGGUCACGAGCACUUGAUUUGAACCGCCCAAAAGGGCAGCAAAUACUUGUGCAAUGGACGAAGCCUUAUCUCUCGAACAAGAGUAAGCUUAGACACAUUAUGGACCCUCGGCUUGAGGGUCACUAUUCACUCAAGGCAGCAUUCAACUUGGCUCAACUCGCAGUAAAAUGCAUCCGACUUGAUUGGAAAGCUCGCCCUUCCAUGAAAGACGUGGUCGAGAUGCUACAAAAGAUUGAAGCCAUCAAGGUCAAGGACGGUAGCCUUCGUUCUCCUUACCAUCCUUUAGACAAUGGCUCGAGGACUAAGAGGGGAUCUUAGUCAUCGAAUGUGCUGUGGAACUGUUAAAUGUAAUCUAUAGUAGAAGUUUGCUCAUGAAAUUAUCCCAAAAUACAUGAUUGCAAUCUAUUGUUUAUGAGCUAUUUGAUUAGCAUGUGUAGCAAUUUUUUGUCACUGAUGUUUAUCAUCACAUCAUGUUAGAUCAGAAAUGGUUUAGUUUAAUGAAUGUAUUUUGAAUCUAAUUAUGGAUUGUUAGUGUUACCUUGAGCUUAUUUUAUACUCUCUCUAUACCUUUGAAUUUUGCUACGUACGUUAUAUAUAAAAAUAUCUCACAGCCAUUUG